GCUAGAAGAAGAGUUUGCUCCUGUAGUCCUAAAACAAAAAUGGCAGCGCCAACGCCGGAGGAUUUGCCGAGCACACACGUGGAGAAAAAGAGCAAGAAAAAGGUUAUUGGGAAACGCUAUUGGGAGGAAACAAAAAACACAGAGCAGAAGAAACCCGAGGAAGAACCGAGUAAAGAUGUGCAGAACCAGAAUAAAGCACCGGUAAAAGAAAGGUCAUUAAAAAGGAAGAAAGGUGAAAGUGUCCAACCAGUGAAAGAGGACCCUUUUCCUGGCCAGGCUCCGAUACCAACAGAACGGCUCCAGAAGUUUCGGAGAGGAGAGAAACACAAAACGAGCGCCACAGGGUUUCUCCAGUAUCUGGACGUGUCGGUCGGUAAAGAGGUCGCGGCCAUCUGCACAAAAUCAGGCCGUCUAGACGUGAUGGCGCAGAAUCCCUAUAAUGCAGUGAUUCACUUGGGUCACCCGAACGGCACCGUCAGUCUGUGGUCGCCCAAUCAGAAAGAGCCGCUUGUGAAGAUGCUGUGUCAUCGGGGUGCUGUGCGUUCCUUAGCCGUGGAUAAAACCGGCAUGCACAUGGUGACGUCAGGUCUGGACCGGAAGCUGAAGGUGUACGACAUCCGAGCGUUUAAACCCCUUCACUCCUGUUUUCUGCCUGCUGGAGCCUCUUGCCUGUCUCUGAGCCAGAAAGGACUGCUAAGUGCUGCCACUGGAGAUGUUGUACAGGUUUAUAAGAACGCUUGUGGAAGCAGUACUUUAUCCAAGCCCUACAUGGCCCACCGCCUUCAAGGGCAGGUUUGUGGUGUUGCGUACUGCCCGUUUGAGGAUGUUCUGGGGAUCGGACAUGAACAGGGCUUCACCAGCAUGAUCGUACCAGGUGCAGGAGAACCGAACUUUGAUGCGCUGGACACAAACCCGUACCGCAGCUUCAAGCAGAGACAGGAGUGGGAGGUCAAGGCGCUGCUGGAGAAGGUGCAGCCUGAGCUGAUCGGCCUGGACCCGGGAGCGCUGGGUAAAGUGGACCAGGCCAGCUUUGAGCAGAGGCACAAGGAACGGGUCGAGGCGUUGGGCUUUGAUCCAUUGGCAAAAGAGAAGUUUAAGCCCAUUAAAAAGAAGAAAGGAAGAAGUUCGGCUGGUUCUGUGGAGAAAAGAAAGAGGAAAGUCGCCUAUGAGGAUCAGAGGGAUAUAAUUCGACAAUCUCUACAAGAGAAAAAGGAAAGACAGAAAGAGCUGGAAGAAAAGUCCAAGGAGAAGAAAGAGUCGGGAAUAAAGUCGACUCUUGACCGUUUCAGGAAGUAGAGUAGUGGUGCCCGCUGUGAACAUGAGGACUAAUGCAAAGGAGAACACAGGAUUCAGGAGACAUUUUUAUAACAUUUUGUGUGCAAAACAAAGCGAUUUGCUUGUUCAAUAAAAUGCCUUGAAUAUCUAUAAGAAAUUACAAUGUAUUUGAAAUGAGAAAAUGUAUUUAUCGUUGAAGACCCAGGAAUAGUUUUUGUUUUAAACGCUUUCCACCCCCUUUUUGCUAAAGUUUCUUGUCCACACUGAAAACAUAAUAAAAUAUCACUGAGAUGAUCGCGAGAGACCAGA